ACUCUGUUCGCCGGACCUUGACGCGUUUUGGGGUUCCGAAUCACGAAGCCCUGAAAGAGGGGCACCAGUUGAAGUCGUUGCAGCCCAGUCUCCGAUGUCCUGGGCCACGGGGGCGUUUACAGGGGGAGCCCCCAUUUCUAACAGCCGGUGGGAUGAGCCGUCGAAGUGUUUGUUCCUGGCCGUUCGACUAGCACGAGCACAGGCUUGGAGGCGCCACUGAGCCGGGAGGAUUCAGGAAACCGGAGUGCUAGUGUUUGCAGGGAGCAUGGCAGGGGAGCCUUGUGCCUUCAUGGCGAGGACUCUUGGAGCGAUGGAAGAACAGAUGUGGUCUGGCUUGGGGGAGUACACAUUACGGCCGAGUGGGUGGUGGACUUGGAGGCGAGGAGGCCGCAGACUUUGGAGGUUUUGUGGUGCUUGGAUCGGAGCCAUGGCGGGCAAGUUGGAGGUGGAGAAAUGGAGUUUUAAAGGUAAAACCAAUAGGGUUUUCCGCUGUCAGAUAAUGGCUAUACGUGAACGAAGGAAUGAGGGACCUUCACAGUUUUGUUUUCCCUCCCCCACCCCCUUGAACUUCGGUGGGAAUGGGUCCGUUGGAGCAGGAAGCUCCUUUGAAGGAAUCAGGAGUUGUAUUUUGGAUGUGGUAAAGCUAAGGUGUCCCUAGGGCAUUUGGCCAUGCAGGUCUGGACUUCCAGGGAGGGAGCUGUGUUGGAGACCAAUGAGGGACGAGGCCUCAAGUCAAAGCCUGGAGAGCAGAUUCUGAGGAAGAAUAUUAAGGAUGUCUUUAUCUCACGUAGUCCUUGAGGUGAGAGAUUGGAGGGCAGGGAAAAAGAGGUGACAUUCUUCAUUACCUUCAGAAGGAAGCAUGUGAAAGAGUUCUGGCUGGUCUUAGCUGGAGGAAAGGGCUGUAGGGUAUAAGGAACCUGACAUGAGAUACAGAGGCAGGAGUGAGGUGCUAUAGAUUUGCCACUCUGUGGGCUCAGCAAAGGCACUGCCUGAAGAACAGAGGAAAAGUCAGCCUGGCUAGUGGAGCAGCCUCAGCCCAAUCCAGGACACUGGCACAUCAAUUCCCUAACUCUUAAGUAAGAGAGAUUAUGAACAUCUCUAAUGAACGGCCUCCAGCAGGCUCACCUUCAGAGGAGUAUGUUACAGUUAGGCUAGUUUGGCGAAAGGCCAGUGUGCACAUGGCUGGUAUACAUAAGUAGAUGUAUGGAUAGAACUUUCUGUUAAUGCUUAAUAAUUUGCUUGCCUCUAAGUGUUUGAUUAUGAUGAAAGUCUUAAAUAUCACAUCUUCUUAAAAGCUUAAAGCUUAAAAAUAAAUAGUAUAAAAAACCUGUCCCUUCAUUUGUUUCACAACCAAUUGGAAAAAUGUGAAGCUUGUGGAGAGGAAAAACGAAUUCAAAGAUCCUUGACAUGUAUUAACGUGUUGCUACAAACUGUAGCCCUGUUAGGUGUCUACUGCUGUUAUCCCUGCUUUACAGAUGAGGACACUGCAACACAUCUUUGUUCAUGGACACCCAGCUGGUAGAAGGCAACACUGGAGUCUUAGUAUUUGAGAUUAGACAUUCAGAAAUUAUCCUCACCAAAGGGCAAGGGAUAGGGGAAUAGUUAGUCCAUGAUACCCCACUCUGGUUACCUGCCACUCUCAGCUUCCUCCUUCUGCCAAGUUGCUUUGAUGGUAGAAGCACUUAGGAUCUCUGCAUAGGUGAGUGCAGAGUAUGCAGGUCCUGAUUCAUCAUGCCCCACUUGGCCAUGAUCUUGGCAACCCACUAUGGGAAAUGGUGGUGUCUCAGGAGUCUUCACUUAUCCUUCUACUUGCCUUUGAGUUUGGGAGUGCCAGUGUUACUAAUGGUCUUUUGCCUUGAAUCCAGUGCAGUGGGAAAAAGUGUGAACGGUGCUCUAGGCACUAGAACCAGCAGGUGCAAAAACAUCACUUGAGGCUGAACUAGGAGUGUUUAGGGAGCCUCAGGUCUCCAUUAUGUCUGGUGUGAUCAGAGAGCAGGAGACAGGCAGGAUUCAACCCCAGAAUGGCAGCCUGUGGAGCUGGGCUUCUGUUGGGAGCCAUGGAAUGUUUGGAGCAGAGGAGGGAGUGAACUGACUGGUCUUAACAGGCUUUCUCUGGCUGCAUGGUGAAAAAUGACUGGGGUCAGGAAAGAUCACUUUUGAUGAUGGCUAGACUGGACUGGUGGCUCUGGAGGUGAGGGACAAAUGCUUGGAUUCUGGAUUUUUUUUUUUUUCUUUUCUUUAAGCAGGGCCAACCAGAUUUUCUGAUGUGGAUGGUGAGAGAAAGAAUGUGAAGAGUCAAGGAUGACCCUACAGCUCCCAUAGUUUUUGGCCUGAGAAAACAUAAGGAUGGAAAAACCCUCAAUUGAGAUGGUGAAGUUGGUGAUGGGAGUAGCUUUCAGAAGUAAUAUCAAGAAUUAGGCUUUGACCAUGUUGAAUCUGAGUGGAGGUACAGGUAGAUAGCUGGACACAGACGUUUGGAUUUCAGAGGAGGGAUUCAAGUCUCAAAGGUGGCAGCCACUAUAUGGAUUAAAUAGAGCUGCUUAUCAGAUUUAUAGAGAGAAUCUUUACAUCAUAGUAGCAGUGCCAUUAAGGGUCUAGAAGGGGGUGGACACAGCAGAGUGAGAUAGGAGUCACCCAAGGGACAGGAAAAGGGAGGUUAGUGUGCAUGGUUGGGAGAGAGAGGAGGAUCUGGCAGGUGGGGAAGUCUUCUAGAGAGAGCAUAUAGACGUGAGAUGGAUGUUGGUGUAGAGUAGUAUUAGAGAUGAGAUGAAUGUGAGGCCAGAGCAAGUGCUUUGCCCUUCUCUGUGUGGUUCCCACAUGUUUGUGGUGACCUUUAAUGGGAUGUGGGGAGUUUAAGUCACGGUAGAUUACCUCAGGGGCAGAUUGGGUCAGCUGGCAGAGUAACUAUGAUUGAGGUAGAAGGACAGUGGGUGCGGGCUUUGCAUGAGAAUUUAGUGUUAAGCCUAUGACUAUUGAGAAUAUAGCAUCCUUAGUAUGUAACAGCAAAGUGGGAAGGAGGCUGGGUUUAUCUGACCUAUAUGUUGUUCUGGAUUGCUGAAGUUGAAUCAAGGAAUAGGGCCUGGAAGGAAGGAUUUAAAAAUUGGGUUCAGAGUACAUGGCCGUGGGGACCAUCAACUGGAGCCAGGUAGGAUCUUGGAUGCAUUAACCAAGAAUUCUUUGGGUGCUGUGUGCAGAUUUGCAUGUGGGAGAUGCCUAUGUUGUGGAUAUGCAUAGACAUGAGAGAGCUCUGGUCUAAAGAACAAUAUGUACUAGAGAUGGGAUCUGAAUUCAUAGCCUGGGGGCUCUAGGGAGAAUUCCAAGCUCAAAUAUGUAUAUGAGAUGCAUGAUCUCUAGACCCCAGGAGAACUAGCUGACAGAAGUGUCUAUCUGUCCCCUGCCUGUUCUGGGUUGGACAAAAUGAUGACUAGAAAGUGGGAAAAGAGUGGGUAGGCACCAGUCACAUGAGGGCCUGGUAUCUGAGUUGGGGAGCUGGGGAGGAGGGUGAAUUGUGGUGGGUAGACCAGGAGUCCCAGGGAGAACUGCUGCCUCUGUGUUCAAGUUGUUGACUUCAUACAGGGUCAUGUGACUUUCAAGGAUGUGUUUGUGUCUUUCUCUUGGGAGAAAUGGGGGCUGCAUGAUAAGGCCCAGAGAUUUGUGUCAUAAUGCAGUGUUUUCUGUGCUUUGCAUUUACGGUCUUGCCGGGUAAGGCCCUGUAUGCCCAAGUUUUCUGGGCUGUGCUCUACUCUUUCUUCCCUCAAAGGUUGCCAUUUUCUUCCUAUAGCUGCCUGGGCACUGCUAUUUUUCCUCACUAACCUAGGUUUUCUUAGGUACUGGAGCUCAGCUGUGUAUUGCCGCCUUUAUUCCUUGUGGUCAGCCCAGUGGACUACCCUGCUUGCCCUUUCCCUUACUAUAUGGCUCUGCCCACAUUCAUGAUACAUCUGCUCCACAUUCUGCCCCUUUCUUAUAAUAGGCAUAUUCUUUGGAUCUACUUGUGUCAUGAAUUGCCAUAAUAGUCACUGCCAUGUGGCCCAGUGCGCUGAUCCUACAAGAUGCUUCUGAUACUCAUUUUGUAAUAUUUAGUUGUCUUAAUCACUUGUGGAUGGGCUGCUCUAGGUCACUGCUUUCCUACUUGCCCUGUCUUUCCUCUAUGACUUGUUUCUUCCAGAUGCUUUGUGGUUGCUGAACUUAGCAGGGGAAAGAACUCUGAGUGCCUGACUGAGAGGUCAUGACUGUAGCCAUGGCAGGAGGGACGUGGACAGGCCCCGGUUGUUGGUGUGCGGUGGAGGAUGAAGAGGCACCUUCUGAACAGAGUAUUUCUAUAGAAGUGUCACAUGAUAGUAUUUCCAAGGCAGGUUCAUCAACCCAGAUGGCUCACCCUUGCGACAUAUGUGGCCCUGUCUUGAAAGAUAUCUUGCACCAGGAAACACGCCAAGUACUGAAACCUUACACAUGUGGGGCCUGUGGGAAACAAUUCUGCUUCACUGCAAACUUUCAUCAGCACCAGAAGCAGUACAAUGUAGAGAAACCCUUAAGAAGAGACAAAGGGAAGACCUCAUUUGUCAAGAACUGUAGAGUUUGUGAAGAACCUCACCUGUCAGAAAAACCUUUUCAAUGUGAGGAGGAGCAGACCCUCCAGGUCAGUUUGGGCAGUCACCAGCAAAAGGCCACUCACAGCAAGAAGAAGACAAGGAGCACCAGGAGUGGGGAGGCCUCUCACAGUGGCCAGAUGCAUUACAGGUGCAGUGAAUGUGGGAAGGCCUUCAACCGCAAAGACACACUUGUCCAGCACCAGAGAAUCCACACUGGAGAAAGGCCUUAUGAGUGCAGUGAAUGUGGGAAAGCCUUCAGCCGUAAAGCCACCCUUAUCCAACACCAGAGAAUCCACACUGGAGAAAGGCCUUAUGAGUGCAAAGAAUGUGGAAAAGCCUUUAGCCGCAAAGACAACCUUACUCAGCACAAAAGAAUUCACACUGGAGAAAUGCCUUACAAGUGUAGUGAAUGUGGAAAAUACUUUAGUCAUCAUUCCAACCUAAUUGUACACCAGAGAGUUCACAAUGGAGCAAGGCCUUAUAAGUGCAACAAUUGUGGGAAAGUCUUCAGGCACAAAUCCACACUUGUUCAGCAUGAGAGUAUCCAUACUGGAGAAAAUCCUUAUGUUUGCAGUGAUUGUGGGAAAUCCUUUGGUCACAAAUACACCCUCAUUAAACACCAGAGGAUUCAUACUGAGGCAAGGCCUUUUGAGUGCAUCGAAUGUGGGAAAUUCUUUAGUCGAAGCUCUGACUUUAUUGCACAUCAGAGAGUUCACACAGGGGAAAGGCCAUUUGUGUGCAGCAAAUGUGGGAAAGAUUUCAUCAGAACAUCCCACCUUGUUAGGCACCAAAAAGUUCACACUGGAGAAAGGCCAUAUGAGUGCAAUGAAUGUGGGAAAGCCUAUAGUUUAAGUUCCCACCUCAUUCGGCACCAGAAAGUUCACACUGCAGGAAGGCUUUAGGAGUGCUCUCAACAGGACUCCUACAGAGAGGAGCUCUAUGAUUGCCCUUUGAGAGGAAGACAUCAAUCAGAUGUUGAAACUCAUAUCUGAACAUUAACACUGGGGAGAUACCUUAUGAAUGCCAGGUACAGGGAAGGUUUCAUGAGUUGUGUUGCACUUUCAGACCUACUCAGGUCUUUGCCAGAUUUGUCACUCAAUGCCUGUGGCUGAAACCAUGUCUGCUCUAUCAGCUUAGUUACCGUUAUGUCCUCAGGGAAGGUAGAGCUUUGUACUCUCCAGUUCCUAGAGGGAAAUAAUAAGAAUCCUGAAUUAAAUGGGAUUCCUCAUUCCCUCCCCACUGACUGGUUAAAAGUGUGGACCUUACAUACAUCUUUAGCCAAGAGGAUCUGAGCUGUGUUCUGGUGGCUUACAAAAAAAGUUUACUUUCUUCAUAGUGUUGAUCUCAUGUGGUACUUAUAACAGAUUUUCCAGCCUUCAAGUCACCCAACCUGGAGAACUACUAACUUCUGUUGCUCUGGUUUCUAUGAUAAUAAAGACCUUGUUAUUUAA